AUGAGUGAUGAUCAAUUGGAACCAAUGGUGCCUUCAAUUGGCAAUGAUGAUAAAAUGUUAACAAAUCCAUUGAUAAAUUUUAAUUCAACGAAAAAACAAAUGACUGCAACAAAUUGUAUUCUUUCACCUAAUACCAUAAAUUCUUCGUCGGCAUCAUCAAUGAAAUCAAUUUCUAAUCGACGAACAUUUAAUAUCUGUGAUAUACUCGCUAAACCAUCACCAAUUGUUGAUAGUAAUAAUAAUAAUAAUAAUAAUCAUGAGGUGCUUCAAUGGAAAUAUUUACUUGAACAACAAUUACAUUCAGAUGAUGAAAUUAAUGAUUCAAUGAGUGACUGUGAUGUAUCUGAUGGUUGCUCAUCUGAUAUAGAUGAUAAAGUUCCUGAUGAUGAUUUAAAUGUUUCAAAAUCAUCGUCAACUAAUUCAGAUAAACCCUCGAAAUCACGACGACAACGAACAGCAUUUACUUAUGAACAAUUAGUUGCAUUAGAAAAUAAAUUUAAACAAACACGAUAUUUAUCAGUUUGUGAACGACUUAAUCUUGCAUUAUCAUUAUCACUGACAGAAACCCAAGUUAAAAUUUGGUUUCAAAAUCGACGAACAAAAUGGAAAAAACAAAAUCCCGGUCUCGAUGUUAAUUCUCCAACAACCAAUUCAUCAUCAUCAUCAAUCGGUAUUCAUUCAGCUGUUGCAGCCGCCUAUGUUGCUUCCCUUUAUAAUUCUCAACAACAAAUUAAUGGAUCUUCAUCAGUGAAUCCAUCAUAUCGAUUAUUAUCACCACUUUAUGCUGCUUCAUUAUAUGCUAAUGCCAGAAAAUUUACUUGA